CUCUGGCGUCACUUCCGGCCGAGCCUCUGGCGGGCGAUUUCAACGGUGGAAGAGAAGGGUGGGGCGACGCGGCUGGGAGGUGCUGCUGCUGCUGCCAUGGCGGGAGGCCGCCCCGGGCGGCGGGCGCGCUCCGCGGGGGAGGCCCGGGAGGGCGCUUCUUCCUCUCCCCCCAGGCGCAGGUCCGAAAGGAACGUGCCCUCCUCAUCAACUCGUCCAGUGUCCCAGGGCAAGCCUAGCGGGGUGGCCAAGAAAACAAUGGACAGCCCGCGUCCGGGUCCCUCUGUGAUGCGCAAAAUAACUCUGAGAAAGAUCAAGCCACAGAAUCAGCAGGAUCGGGUCAAAGACAGUGCUUCAAUUCCUCGACGGAGUCCAAGGAUCUCCUCAAAGGAAAACAAGGAGAACAGCCCCCCAGGGGCCACUGAGAAUCAAAGUCUCCCUGGAGUUGAGGCCAAGAGGAAACCCCAGUCGUCUGCCCCAUGCUGCUCCUUGAAUCUUGACGCAGAGACUCCACCGAGAGGGACUGAUGCCCCCUCCCUACUCAGUGCCAACACGCAAGAUUCUCUGCCGGAGCAUGAAUGGGACCUGGCCAUGGCUAAACGCGUGCGCCGUUCUUAUAGCCGCCUGGAUGUCUCCUUGGCCUGCAGCUUCCUAGAAAAGGAGGAGGGUCUGAGCUCCAGGCUCACUGGCAUCUCUGCGCCCGCUUGUGGCCCUGGCAAGCGGCAAACGCUUUUUGGCUUCGAAAAGCUUCUGCUCCCAGGGCAGCAGGCUGACCACUACUCUCUGAAUACAAGCAGCGCCCCGCAGACAGCAGCUGCGGAAACCGGCGCCCUCGCGGAGCCAGACACUGACAUCCCUGGCAUCUCGCUUGGCAAAGAAAAGCGGAGGAAGAAGAAGAUGCCUCAGUUCAAUAAAUCGGAGCUGGAUGAAUGGGCAGCCCAGAUGAACGCUGAGUUUGAAGAAGCCGAGAAGUUUGACCUCCUUGUGGAAUGAAGAGGCAUCUACUCAACGCGUCGGUGGCCAGAAUGUUGUUUGUACAUAGAUCUGAGGCCUGCCAAGGAGGACUCUUAAGCUUUCUUGGUGUAAAGCUGUAAAUUUUUUUGCUGCAGGCUUACUUAGUGACAGAAGGCAGCUACCGCUUUUGUUGAAGCUCCGAAAACAAAAAAGGUGCUGUGCUGUUCUGUGGUCCCGGGGCCUAAUUUUUCCUUGGCUGCAACCUGAAAAUGUGGGUAGAGGGCUAGUAAUUCUGUCCAGUAUCACAGCCGGUAAAUGGCGUUGCCCACUUUUGAAACUGCUUGCUUUUGUCUCUCAGCUGCCAUUGUUUUUUCUCCACAGAGAUAGGCAAGGUAUUAAGUCGAAGUGCCUCCUAGGCUUUGAAAGAGCUCAUCUGACAAUUUGUUUCAUCCAGUAGUUUUGUUUUCUUAAUUACUUCUCUGCAUUUGCCCUCUGCAAAGCCACAUUUACUUACAUGGAGCGAGGACCCUGUUUGCUCAGCCAGCUUACAUUUUUAUGGGGUACUUAAAUGUGAGCUCGGGCAAUCUUGUGUUAAAGAACAGUCAAUUUCUUAAGCCUCCUUUGCUGUUUCUCUUAAAGUGCUCCUCUCAAUGGCAAAGUUUCUGAAGUUUGGUUUGUCCCUUUUCAACCUGUUUUUGUUUCACAGUGCAGCCCUGUAAAAACAACCAUAAAAAAAUUAAAAAAGGCUUUCCUUCUA